UUCGUUUUCUUCUCUCUCAAAUCUUAUCGGAAAUCGAGAUGGCGACUGAACGCCCGGCGCCGGCGACGUUUCCCUACUUCUCCUCGUCCCCCAGCUUCGGAAGAGCACCCGUCGAGUACGAAAAGGCAGCGUACGAUGGCUCCGACUCCCCCACUUUCGGCGUCGCUCACCGCUUGGAGACGCUGCCUCCGCCGGCCAAAGCCUCCGCCGACGGCGACGACGAAGAAUACGACGCUUCCAGCGAUGAUUUCGAGUUUUCCGUCGAAUCGAAUGGAGCUUUCGGGUUUCCUCCCGCCGACGCGGACGAGAUCUUCUGCGGCGGGCGGAUGCUCCCUGUCUACCCUGUCUUCAAUCGCGAUCUGAUCCGCCGCCCCGCGGAAGCGGAGGAGCCGGAGGCUGACACGAUACCCAUCCGGAAGCUUCUAAUCGCGGAGAAGGAGGUGGAGCGGGAGGAGCACCAGCCGGAGCGGUGCAAGAAAAGCGCCUCCACCGGAACGCUGCGGGGUCUGUUCCGGAGCUUUACGAUCGGACGGAGCCAAAGCGACGGGAGGGAUAAGUUCGUGUUCAUCGAGGCGUCGGCGCCGGGGUCGGCGUCGGCGAAGAAGAUGAUCUCCAACAAGGUCUCGAAGAAGGGGCCGCGGGCGGCGGAGGCAGAUGCGGUCACCGCCAACCCUCCCUUGUACGGCAAGGGAACAACCAACAAGGCGGUGAAGGGACCGCGGCGGUCAUUCUUACCGUACAGGCAGGAACUACUGGGGCUGUUCGCUCCUGCCAAUGCAUUGACGCAUAAUACCCAUAAAAGAAACCCGUUUUAUUAUUAAUAAAUAUCCAUUAUUAUCUUUUCAUCUCAUUUUGUAGAGAAAACAAUUCUUAUUGAAAUUCAUUGUGUCCAAAAAUGAGAAAAUCUUUAUAAUUAA